AAUAGGACGUCUCCAAGGUGAUGUCAUGGAGGCAGCAUUGAUGCUGUUGCUGAUGCUGUUGCCCGGCGCCUGUAUCCGUGCAGCCAGACGGGGGUAACCGUAGUCACCGAUCCACCAUCAGCAGCAGACAAGACAGGGACAGAGGGGGACUGAGAAGGAUCUUCAGCAUCCCUGAAGAGUUACAUACGCAGUGAGAAGAUGACUCUGGCAGCCUACAAAGAGAAGGUCAAAGAGCUCCCCCUGGUGUCUCUGUUCUGUGCCUGCCUGAACCCACAGACUCCAGAAAAACCUACAUACAAGGCAGAAGAUGCGGUGGACCUGGGCUGGUGCGCCAUUAAAGACAUGGAGGUAAUUGAGCUGAACAAGCGGGCAUCGGGCCAGGCCUUCGAGGUCAUCCUCAAGCCCCCGUCCUUCGAUGGCGUGCCAGAGCUCAACACCUCCAUGCCACAGCGCCGCGACCCGUCGCUGGAGGAGAUCCAGAAGAAGCUGGAGGCUGCCGAGGAGAGGCGGAAGUGCCAGGAGGCUGAGCUGCUGAAGCACCUGGCCGAGAAGAGGGAGCACGAGCGCGAGGUGAUCCAGAAGGCCUUCGAGGAGAACAACAACUUCAUCAAGAACGCCAAGGAAAAGCUUGAGCAGAAGAUGGAGGCCAACAAGGAGAACAGGGAGGCCCUGCUGGCUGCCAUGCUGGAGAGGCUGCAGGAGAAGGACAAACACGCGGAAGAAGUGAGGAAGAACAAGGAGAUGAAGGAGGAAGCCUGCCGGUAGAUGAGUGGAGCCGGGAAAGAAGAAAGAGAAAAAGCAGGACUGGGAGUUUUUUGAGUCGGUAAAAAAAAAAGGAAAUCAAAACAGUGCAGGAAAGAAAAAAAAGAACUCAAAAGCAACUUGAACAAAGGGAAAAGGCAAGUUUUCAUAUUUGAUGUAUGCUGUAAUGAUUCUAAACAAGUGAACAAGCUGUACAAAGUUUAGCCAGCUCUUGAUGUUGAAAUUAAAAAAGAAAUCUUUUUCUUUUUUCUAAAGGAAAGUGUGUGUGGGGGGGUCAUCAAAACAAACAUUUCAAAGUUUUUCAAAGAGGGAUGACAAUGGCUGUUUGGUGAGCAAUGACAGCUGCAUCAAAACAAGAGAAGGUUAAAAAUUAAAUCAUAACUCUCUCAUGUCUACAGUCUUUUCAGUCAGAAAGCAGGAACUUAUAACUGCCUGCAUGAUAUUUUCGCAUUGGUAACUGAGCUGUGUUUUUCUUGCUGUUGGCAGCAACACAGUUUCUUUCCAAAUAGACUAUAACUAUGGAGGAGGGAGUUGUAAUCUAAAUCGGUACCAAGUAAAACAUGAAAAAAGGUGUGACGUGCUUGAAAUAAAGUCGACCCACAGAUUUAGUUUAGGAGCCCUAGUCAGUCACAACCAAUACAAGUCAAAUCGAAGAGGCCUAAGCCACUCAGUACACAUAAACAUGACGUAACACACAAGUUUCUGCUGUUUCCGAAUUAAAAAUAAAACUUGAUUUCCCAAAGUCCACCGCUCUCACGCUAAUUCUUCGCUGCACCAUUUUUGGGAUUGUUUGGUCUGUCUGGGGAAGUCUGCGUGUGCUAAACUCAGUGACUCUCACAAUAUGGUUUAUGAAUAUAAAAUGAAGCAUCGGCCUUUUGUUUCUUUCUACAGUGCUCUAGGGGAGUAAAAGAAAAAAAAAGCUUGAAAAGGGAGGAAGCUCUGCUGUAUUCUGCCAUUUUCAGGCUCUUUGUGAAACUUUAACUGUAGUGUAGUUGUAGAUCAGUGACAUGCAUUUGAGUCUCUUAGAUUUAGAGCACUGAUUGCACUCUUAUUUCAUUAAGCACAACUCAAAAAAGCACAUAUGCUUACAGGAAGGACAGUAAACAUAUACAGCAUAAACAACAAUAACAUCACAAGCAAGGAGGCAAAGUAAUGAGUGAUAGCAGCUCAGAAUUUGGACGGAUGUGGUUUUGAAAGGAUGAGUUUGGGGGGUUUCUGGCUAACCAGUGGUCUCACUUUGCUUUGGCAUGUGUCACUGUGCUCUUAUUGUUAGUUUAUGAUUUUCAAGGGAAUUUAAACCUAAAAGAGUAUACAGAAAGAUGAAAUUUGCUCAAGUUGUUGAGUCAUACUGACUUGAUUGAAAUGUCUAAAAUGUUUGCACUGUAACUGGAGAGUCCCAACAUGGGGUUUGUACUUGCUGUAACUGUGUGUGGCUGUUUAUCUUCAAGGCUGGAUUGAUUGCAUCUAUUUGGCAUGGUCAGUAAAAACUGCUUGACUGAACUCA